ACUGACAUUUUGACAUUUAUCCUGUCGUUUGAAUGAUAGGCCAUAGCUAUGGACGAUCAUGUUAUCCAUCCCCAUAUGGCCUGUAAAAACUGGAGUGGCAGUUAAAACGAUCACAAAGUUGAGCUAUCAGAAGAAUUCAAUCUAACACAUCAAUACCAUCAUGGAGUUUAAUAGCGAGCUUUGCGCCUUCUGCCAUUUUCGUAACAGAGGAAUAGUCGAUGGCCUCUACUCUAGCUACUGCAGUACUUCGUGCGCAAACCAGGCCAAAAGUUCGUCGCAAUACAGCUAUGGCCGCACCAAUAAUGUUUGUUUGAUGUGUCGUGUUCGCCCUCGUACAGGCAACCACCACUUCUGCGGAAGGCCUGAUGCAGAAAUGGCUGAGAGCAUGGCUCCUUUACUGCUUGAAGUCCCGUCAGACCAUGUUACGUUCGGAGAUAUUGAAAACCAAUUCAAAUCAUCCUGGAAACAUCCAAACAAAGCUAUUCCUACUCUCCAUCGAGUCUACAAAAUCGUAGAGAGCCAGUCUUUCAGAGCGAACUAUGAAGUAUACCGUGUUGGCGUUGACUGGCGAGGACAAUUCAUGGCUUCGAACUUGGCUCCGGGAAACGAGUGUCGCCGAUGGCACGGCACUAAACGCGCCUGCAAUCUCGGUGACCCAGGCGUUACUCAACUUUGCUACAACACAAAUUGUGCACUCUGCAACAUCAUCCGCACUUCUUUUGAUCUCGGACACUCUGGGAACAAUUUCGGCUGGGAGAGGUUCGGAAAAGGAAUUUAUACGAGUGCGACAUCUUCAAAGUCUGAUGACUACAAUCAAAAUUUGGUAUACUCGCCCUACAAAGCUCUUCUUCUGAACACGGUUAUUGUUGGACAAGCCAUCAAGCUUACUCAGAAUAGCCCUUACCUGACUGCUCCCCCGGCUGGCUAUGAUUCUGUCAUUGGCGAGGCUUCUCCUAGUUCAGUCUUGAACUAUGAUGAGCUCGUGGUAUACACCAAUGACGCUAUCAGGCCUUCGUACCUCGUAGUAUAUACCUAACGAUUGAAUGUAUAGUUUCCUUCAAACAACAUAAAUCGAUGGCAAGGGCUGAAUUCGUGGUUCAUACAGUGCUUUGGCUUUGCAUAAAUAUUUCCGA